GAAUCCUUCAGAAGCAGAAAAAUAGUAAUGGAUAUUGGGGAGGUACCCAUUGAGGAAAAGACGAACUCCGGAACACUUGGCUGGAUCAGGGGUGAACUGACCAAUGCUUUUGGAAUUGGCCACAAGAAUUCAGAGGCUGGUUCUCAGGAUAGCAUUGAGAAACCAGCCAAAGAUUCUCAGCAGUCUAGCUCCUGGCUGAGUUUGGGUAUCAAUGUCUUGGGCUUUGGUAAAGACAAUACUCCAGUUGCAAGUCAAACUGAAGCUGAUAGUGCAGAUGAAGAUGCUGAAAUGGAAGACCAGAGCAUUAAUAAACAUGAUCAGUCUUUGGAUUUGGUUGAAGAUGUGCAAAGACAUGAAAACAACCUAGAUCACAGUGUGCAAAAUGCAGACCAUACCUUGGAGGACAUAAGAUCAGAAGAUGAAAAAAAUGAGGAAAGUGGACAGACAGGUUGGUAUGGUGUCUACAUUGGAACUUCAGACCAAUCUAGAAAUGAUAAGUCAGAUGAUGGCAAAGAAAGUCUGUCCAAAGAAGAAAGCCCUGGAUCUUCUCCAAACAGAGACAACUCUGCAAACAAAGAGUCAGAAUCAAGUUCACAGUCAAUAUUUUCAGCCAGUGGCCUCACAUCAGAGCUUGAUAAACUUAAUUUUCCAUUUCAGUCAGACAAAGUAAAGGAAGAUAUGGAAAGUGAUGAGAAAAAUACAGAAAAGAAAGGAGAUUCAGGUAAGGAGGACUUAGAUGAUCAACAGAAUGAGCAAUCAGAAAUAUCUGAUGUUGAUGAGCAGGACUCAGUUCCAAUAGAAGUUGACGAGAUUAGUGAAACCCAAUCACUGUCUGAUGACACAAAGACUUUGAAAGAUGAUGCUGCAUUUGAUGGUAUUAGAGAAACAGAUGACCCUUUUCAAGAAUCUAACGCCCAAAAUAAUUAUACACAAGACAUCACAGAUUCCGAAAUCCCUGAAGAUAAGUCGACAGAUAAUUCAAUUGAAGUUAUCCAAAGUGAAAUCAAUGCUGAUGUUUUAGUGAAAGAAAUAGAGGAAGAUCUCAAGAGAAACGUGGAAAGUGAGGAAGAAAUGAUACCAAAGAAAGUAGAUUCAAGUAAGGAGGAAUUUAAUGAGCAGCAGGAUAUAAAAAAAGAAGAAAUGUCUGAUGUUGAUGGCCAGGAUUCAGUCCCAAUAAACACUGAUAACAGUGAAACUAAAAAAACAUUUGAUGGUAUUAGAGAAAUAGAUAACUAUCCUCAAGGGCCUAACACACAAAAAGAUGAAAUACAAGACAGCACAGACUUAGAAAUCCCUGAAAUCAAGUCUGCAGAUGAUUUAAUUCAAGACAUCAUUGAAAGAAAAAGUGACUUGACUGAUUCAAAUGCUGAAAAUGUUGAUGACGUGUUGAAGCAAAGUCUUUCCGAUCAAGAAAAUUGCUCUAUUAUGCAGCGAAAAAAUUGUUAUGAUAGCAUUUCAUUAGAUUCCAUCAGCAAAAGUUCUGACCCAGCUGAUACUCGUACAUCCGGACAACCAGAGUCCAGCCUUCAGAUGGAAACUGAAUUAGAUGAUCAUGAAAAACAAAUAUCAGCUAUUGCAGAUUUAGAAACUGAUUCUGAGAUUGUCACAUUUAGUCAAAGUGGAAAACAUGAAGAUCCAGAUGUGACAACAAUGUCUUCUAAACCAACAGCAGAGACAUUAUCAGAGCAUAAUGAUGAAACAAAUUUAGCUGGAGAGAACACAGUCUCAGAGACAAAGGAUGAUAGUUUAAGUAUUCUUGAUGAGAUAGUUAUGGACUUAAAUGAGACACAAUCAGAUGAAGCAUCUGAAGAGAUCACGAAGAAUGAAGAAACACUUGAAGCAAUAAGCAAUGAACAAAAUAAAUCAGACAAAAAUAUAAAUCUUGAUGAAGGUGUAAAUCUUGGAAUGGUAACUAGUGAAGGAAAGAUGCAUUCAGACCUUCAACGUGAGUUAAAUUCAGAGGAAGAAGAGACUGAAAACACCAGUGGACAACAUGAUGGAUUAUUUGAAAUAGGUAAUCCAGGUGUUAGUAUUGGUAAAGAUAUUAAGUCAACAAUGGAGAUUCAAAAAAAUUCAGGAGAUGAACAUCCAGAUGGUGUCAUGGUUCAGAGAAAGCUAGAAGAAUCAGGGACAUUUUCUGUGUCUACAGAGGAUGAUGUUGAAACAAAUCAGCUGAAGCAUGAUGAUACACAAAUCCAGUAUGAAUCUUUGUCACAAGAAACAAAUACAAAAGGCCCAUCACUAAACAUCACCCAAGCUGAUCAUUAUUAUGGGUCUGGCGAUGCAAAAGAUGGUGGUGAUGAUCUCAACUCACACAACGAUGCAAACAAAGAUAAUGUUCCCUAUAUUGUUAAUACAGGGGACCCUGAUGACUUUACCACUUCCACAGAAACAAAAUUAACUACUGAUUUAUUCACAGAGAAUAACACAGUUCAGGAUGACAAUAUACUCAGUGAAAAUCAGAGAGAUGAACAAAAAGAAUAUACUGGUGAAGAAACUGGGAUUUUUGAGGAAAGUGUUGCAGGUGCCACACAGGAACAAAGUGAUGAUGUUGAUAUGACAGAGGAUCAGGGUGAUGAGGAAUUGCCUGGACGUUCUCACAUUCAAGAUAAAGAGACUUUUUUUGCUUCUACAGAGAUUACAACAGCACAAGAAUCCUCUAAAGAAUAUAUUAACCUAUGUCGUCAACUGACUGAACAGAAUAUUAAAGAUCUGUUAGAUUUAUUUGGAGAGCACAAGCUAUCAUGGCUGGAUUCCAAAAUCGGGAACUCUCCAAACACUGUUGCAGGUCAAGAUGUUGAUGAUGAUCUUGCUGAACUUGUUGACUUUGAACAGAUGUUGAUAUUCCAAAUGAAGAUGAGAGCUACACCAGGAUAUGACUUUACUACUAAUGAAUAUCCAGCACUACAAAAAUUGUUUACCCUUUUAUCUGCUCUAAGAGAGAUAUAUACUCCAGUGAUAGAAGAAGUCAGUGUAGAUGAAAGCCAAGGGAUCAGCCAAGAUGAAUUUUCAACCUCACAAGAUGAUGAAGACAAUCAAAUUACAGACAACAGAUCUAAUGUGAAUUACUUGAACAAUCCCAAAAAUGAGUUGGACUCUGAGGAGAAGGAUCAGUUGGAAAAAACAAUUAAGGUGGAUCUAGAAAUGGAGGAUGUUCAGACUGUUGAUCGGGAAAUAAAAAAGCAUGAGGAUUGGAAAGCUACUUCCCAAAACCAUGUCAUGCUCUCUAGGGAGCAUGUUGAAACUGAAGAUUCACAGAAAGAUGAAGGGCAAUUUUAUCAGCUGGCAGCUAUUGUUGGUGAAGUCACAAUUAAUGAACUUACAUCUAUAAUUGACAAGGUUGUGUCAUCACUUCCUGAUGACAUCCGCCCUGGCCCGGACCUUUAUGGUCUACCAUGGGAAGCUGUGGUUUUCACUGUUUCUUUAGGUUUAUUCACUCUGCUUCUAUUCAGCUGCAGGUUCAUUCAGUCUAUCAAAAGCAGACUAUAUGCAAGUAAAGAAAAGCAAAUGGCACAGAAAGUGGCAGAGCUGCUUGAUGAAAAGUGCAAAGUGCUGGAGACAUUCAGUGAGGUCAGACAGAAGUAUGAGAAACUGGAAUCCACACUGCAGAACAGAGGCAUGUCUGCUCAAGCCGCAGAAAAGGACAGUUUAGAGGUGGCAUCACAAAAACUUGAACAAUCAAAUGCCCAGAUGAAAAAGGAAAUUGAGAGGUUGCAAGAGGAGCUGUCCCAACAAAACGAAGCAAGAAAACAGCAAGAGGAUCAGCUUGCUGAGCUAGAGCAGAUCUUAAGAAAUUUGGAAGAAGAAGCUAAAGAAAGAAAGUCACAAUUAGAACAGGACAACACAACACUGAAAAUCCAUGAGAUAAACACAGAGAGACUGCAGAAGAACCUGCAGGCGGCCAAAGAAGAGCAUGGAAUGCUGCUUGAGAGUAAAGAACAGCUGGUGCAAGAGGCCGAGGGCUGGGGGGAGCGUCUCGGUGAGUUAGAGGAGGAGAUGAAGAUGUUUGAAAGAUCUCAUGCUGGCAUGCUGGAGGACUGUGCUAAUAAAGAUGAACGCAUCAAGUCUCUGACAGAGUGCCUUUUGAAGAUGAGAGACUGGGAUUCUGAGGACGAGAAGAGCAUUGAUAGCAGUAAUAAUAUAGCUGGACCUGAGAAUGGAGACAGUUCAGAUUUCCAUCAGAAGCAGAAAGUUCAGAAACUUAUUGAAGCGGCCAGGAUGAGUGCAGACUUGAAGUCCAUGGAGGAGGACAAGAACAGAGUGUUGGCCAAACUCACUGAUGAAAUAAAAGCCAAAGAAGAUCUUCAAGAGGGGAUCAAACAGUUUGAGGAGCAGAAGGAGAUGUUUGAGUCAGAGAGUGCCAAAUUAUCCAGUGAAAGCCAGAAACUCCAGCAGAAACUGCAGAUCAUGACUGAGAUGUACCAGGAAAAUGAACUUAAACUGCACAGAAUGUUGACAGUGGAGGAGAAGGAACGCUUGCAGAAAGAGGAGAAACUCAAUAAGGCAGGAAAGAAGAUUAGUCUCGCUGCUGAGGAGCUCAACACUUACAGACUAAGAGCCAAAGACCUGGAGGAGGAACUAGAGAGGACUUCACAUGCUUACAAGAAUCAGAUUACUUCACAUGAGAAAAAGGCCCAUGAUAACUGGCUGGCUGCAAGGGCAGCGGAUCGAGAUCUAGCCGAUGUGAAGAGAGAAAAUGCUAAUAUCCGUCAGAGGCUGACUGAUGCACAGUUUCGGUUGGAGAUGCUUGAAAAGGAUCCGUAUGCACGAGAGAGCAGGCCUCUCUUUAGAGGUGAGAGGUCUCCAUAUGGGCCAUCUCCUCUGGGCCGACCAUCCUCAGAAACACGGGCCUUCCUGUCUCCACCAACACUAAUGGACGGCCCCCCUCGAAUUUCACCACAGUUUGUCAUGGGCCCUGGUGGCAGAGCAUCCCGAGGCAUGGUAGAGCCCCUUAGUGGUGGGCCAGACUUUGAGCGGAGUGGCCCUCACUCUGAUAGUGGCUCACUGUCUCCCUCCUGGGACAGGGAUCGCAGGGGCCCUCCUGGCCCUCCAGGGCACCCGCUCACAGAUCCAGGUUUGCCGUAUAGGAGGCCCCCUCCAGGGCCAUACCCCAUGGGGCCUUUGCCCCCUAGGCCACCACUUCGUCCUGAACCAUAUUUUGGUGACAAAUCAGAGUCAUCAUUUCUGAGAAACAGCUCAGCUGUCAGUGAAAAUGAUAACAGAGAAGGUCCCCACACUAUGUCUGGUGACAUGAGAAUGCCCCCUGAUCCAGAUGCAAGAAUGGGGCCUCCUCCAGGCCCCCCUCUAAUGGGAAUGCCCCCACCAAUGGACCCUAGGGACCCUUAUUUCCCACAUAGGGGCCCAUAUGGUCCUCCGGAGUUCUUUCCACCCCGUGGACCUGGUGGUCCCGCCAUAGGCAUGCGAGGGCCACUUCCCCCAGGAAUGUUUCCCAGGGUUCCUCUGCCAUUCCCUCAACAUAUGGGCUAUCUUCCACCGAGACCUCCAUCUGACAGCUUCCCUCCUGCACCGCCUCCCAGACCCUCCCCACCAGGAAGUGAGCAGCCCCCUGACCAGUCGCCCUCCCCACAUGAUGUCAUCUGAUCUUCCUCUCCUGCAUACUGUUUGCGACUUCCUGUUGUUGUGCUCAGGGGGUGUUUCCUUUUAUAUAUAAUUGCGGUAGCCAUAUGGUUAUCUCUUAUGUUUCCAAUGUAUUUUUAAGUGCAAAGCAUGGCAAUGGAUACAGCACAUGCCACUAGUUAUAUUAUUACGAUGGAAUUUAUGAAACUGAUCAGUGUAUUUCAGGUACAGUGUAAGAGUGUGCAACCUAGAGUGUGAAUCUGUAGUUAAAUUGUAAAAAGUCAACCGGACUGCCUUUGAACAGGAUUAUAGGUGCUCAGGUUUGUAAUGUUAUGCUUUUUUAAAAUUGAAGGUAGUUCAGUGGUCCACAUAUUUGUCAAACUGUACAUAUAGACAUUGUAACAAGUAUAUAUUAAGAAUAGGAAACUGUUCAAACAGGAAACUUAGAAAAUCAAGCUUCAAGAGGCAUUGGUUGCUAAUAACAUGUCAAAUCCAUACAAAUCAGUCCAGAGAACCGUCCAUGUAGUUUAUGGUAUUUAUAGUUUCCUCACACAACUUAAGCCUUAAGAAUAAGUGGUCUGAUGAAAGAAAAGUUAUGUACAUUAAAAGAUGUCAGUGAAAAAAAAAAAAAAAAACUGUAUUGGUUUC